CAGAAUGGGAGAUCUCAACAAACAAAAGCAGCCUUUUCUAUCUUACACCAGUGAGAGAAGUGAUUAGGGUUUUUGCGUGGGCUACUCCAACCCUUUCGCCUGCCGCAUUCUCCGUGCAAUCCCUCUACCAUGGCUGAACAAACCGAGAAGGCGUUUUUGAAGCAACCAAAAGUGUUCCUCUGCUCGAAGAAAACUGGGAAGGGGAAGAGACCCGGGAAAGGUGGAAAUCGCUUUUGGAAAUCCAUUGGACUUGGAUUUAAGACUCCCAGAGAUGCCAUCGAAGGGACCUACAUCGACAAGAAGUGCCCCUUCACAGGCAAUGUCUCUAUUCGUGGCCGUAUCCUUGCCGGAACAUGUCAUAGUGCUAAGAUGAAUAGGACUAUUAUUGUUAGGAGGAAUUAUCUCCAUUUUAUUAAGAAAUAUCAGAGGUAUGAGAAGAGGCACUCCAAUAUUCCUGCUCAUAUAUCACCUUGCUUCCGUGUGAAGGAAGGUGAUCAUGUCAUUAUUGGUCAAUGCAGGCCACUCUCCAAGACUGUGAGGUUCAAUGUGUUGAAGGUGAUUCCUGCAGGGUCUUCUAGCGGUGCAAAGAAGGCAUUUACUGGAAUGUGAGCUUUGAUUUCCAGUCUUAGGAUUUUGUUAUACGCUGUAGUCUUUGAAUACUAUCAUUGUAUUUUUUGAACAAUGUAGACUCUUUCCUGUUUUCGGUAUAUUUAUUUUAGUGUUAUUUUGUGUUUAAA